ACCGUCAGGUGCGCACGCGCACUUGCAGGCUUGUUUGCCAGCUUCACGCCACCCAGAAUGUGAGAAAGCAGGUGUCGCGAGAGUUGGGCGCAAGACGCCUUGUAGGGACUGUAAUUAUGGCGGACCUGCGGAUCGAAGGUGAACGGGAGCCGCUGUUAGGCGACACACCUGGAAGCAGAGAAUGGGACAUUUUAGAGACUGAAGAGCAUUAUAAGAGCCGAUGGAGAUCUAUUAGGAUUUUAUAUCUUACUAUGUUUCUCAGCAGUGUAGGGUUUUCUAUAGUGAUACUGUCCAUAUGGCCAUAUCUCCAAAAGAUUGAUCAGACAGCUGAUACAAGAUUUUUGGGCUGGGUUAUUGCUUCAUAUAGUCUUGGCCAAAUGGUAGCUUCACCUAUAUUUGGUUUAUGGUCUAAUUAUAGACCAAGAAAAGAGCCUCUUGUCGUCUCGAUCUUCAUUUCCGUGGCAGCCAACUGCCUCUAUGCAUAUGUCCACAUCCCAGCCUCUCAUAAUAAAUACUACAUGCUGGUUGCUCGUGGAUUGCUGGGAAUUGGAGCAGGAAACGUAGCAGUUGUUCGAUCAUAUACUGCUGGUGCUACUUCCCUUCAAGAAAGAACAAGUUCCAUGGCAAAUAUAAGCAUGUGUCAAGCAUUAGGUUUUAUUCUAGGUCCAGUUUUUCAGACUUGUUUUGCAUUCAUUGGAGAAAAAGGUGUGACAUGGGAUGUGAUUAAACUGCGGAUAAACAUGUAUACAACACCAGUUUUACUUAGCGCCUUCCUGGGAAUUUUAAAUAUUAUUCUGAUCCUUGCUAUACUAAGAGAACAUCGUGUGGAUGACUCAGGAAGACAGUGUAAAAAUAUUAAUUUUGAAGAAGCAAGUACAGAUGAAAUUGAGGUUCCCCAAGGAAAUAUUGACCAAGUUGCUGUUGUGGCCAUCAAUGUGCUGUUUUUUGUGGCUCUAUUUAUCUUCGCCGUUUUUGAAACCAUCAUUGCUCCAUUAACAAUGGAUAUGUAUGCCUGGACUCAAGAACAAGCUGUUUUGUAUAAUGGCAUAAUACUUGCUGCUCUUGGGGUUGAAGCAGUUGUUAUUUUCGUAGGAGUUAAGUUACUUUCCAAAAAGAUUGGCGAGCGUGCUAUUCUACUGGGAGGACUCAUCGUUGUAUGGGUUGGCUUCUUUAUCUUGUUACCUUGGGGAAAUCAAUUUCCCAAAAUACAGUGGGAAGAUUUGCACAAUAAUUCAAUCCCUAAUACCACAUUUGGGGAAAUUAUUAUUGGUCUUUGGAAGUCUCCAAUGGAAGAUGACAAUGAAAGACCAACUGGUUGCUCAAUUGAACAAGCCUGGUGCCUCUACACCCCGGUGAUCCAUCUGGCCCAGUUCCUUACAUCAGUUGUGCUAAUUGGAGUAGGCUAUCCAGUCUGCAACCUUAUGUCCUAUACUCUAUAUUCAAAAGUUCUAGGACCAAAACCUCAGGGUGUAUACAUGGGCUGGUUAACAGCAUCUGGAAGUGGAGCCCGGAUUCUUGGGCCUAUGUUCAUCAGCCAAGUGUAUGCUCACUGGGGACCACGAUGGGCAUUCAGCCUGAUGUGUGGAAUAGUAGUGCUCACCAUCACACUCCUGGGAGUAGUUUACAGAAGACUCAUUGCUCUUUCUGUAAGGUAUGGGAGGAUUCAGGAAUAAACUAGCUAAGACUGUGAUGGAAACUACUUGCUGUGUGGCACUUCCUGGCUAAAGCUCUUCUAGACAAUUGUGAUGAGCCAGUCUCCAAGAAUCAGACUACAGAUAUUGCAGAUUUUGAAGAACAAGAACAUAUGUUGAAUAACAGAGAGAAUUCUACAUGUGAUUGUGAAUAGUAGGUUAUAUAAAAACAUACUAGAUCAUAAUUUCCUUAUCUCAGAAUGAAAAUUAUUCUUAUAACACCUUUUUGUGGUUGCAUGAACUAAUGAGUGACGGACAACGAUGUAUAAAUGUGAAGUUGUAUUCUUAAUACCAAC